GCAGGCGGGGCCGCGCGGGCGGGCGUGGCGCUGACGUGGCGGCGGCACCGGCACCAUGCGGGGCGGUAGUAGCGGCGGAGGCUCGGACACCAGGACUGGACAUCACAGACAGCAGAAGCUCAAGAAGUCCUUAGGAAAUAAAAAGUCUAAGCCAGCUGAGGAGGUGGAAGCUGCUGUGGUGGGAGUGAACAGUGACUCUGAGGACACAGUCACCACCAUCUCCCCGGCCUCCCCAGUGAACGGGAGCGCAGAGCCCCGGAGCAAGCGCACCAUUCGCAGGCCUGCUUACUGGCUGGAAAUGAGAGGGAUGAAAAACAGCGUGAGCAAAUCCUCAGAUAAAAAGGGAGAAGUACUGUUGAAAGGCAAGAGGAAAUCUGAGCAAAGGGAAGGCAAAGAUGUUAAAGACUCUCCCAAGAAGAAGCAGAAGAUUUCGGGGAAAAACCAACAAACUGGAGCAAAACAAAACUCCAGAACAAAACACCACAGUGUUCGGAAAGAGCCAGAAACCUAUGACGCAGGUAGUAUGGAAGAGCAGUGGUCUCUAGAGAUUCAGAACAAAGGCCGAGUUACCUGUCCCACGUGCCGGGCUGUGGUGAGGAAGACUGUGGAAGGGCUGAAGAAACAUAUGCUGAAUUGCAGGAAGGAAAUGUUCACAUGUCAGCACUGUGGGAAGCAGCUGAAGUCUUUAGCAGGGAUGAAAUACCACGUCAUGGCAGACCAUAACAAUCAGCCAGUUAUGAAGGAGGGAGAAGAAGUGGAUGAACAGCUUGAGCGAGAGCGCCUUCGGAAAGUUCUGAAGCGAAUGGGAAAACUGAAGUGUGCAAGGGAGGGCUGCACAGGCAGCUUCACCAGCAUAAUGGGAUACCUAUAUCAUAUUAAAAAAUGUGGGAAGGCUGCUUCUGAGCUGGAGAAAAUGGCUAUGAAGUGCCAUCACUGUGGAAAAGCCUACAGAUCAAAGGCAGGCCUUGUCUACCACCUGCGAUCGAAGCACGGGCCAGUCACCUUCCUCCAUGAGGAGAGAACAGAGAACCUGAAAGAAAUGAAACGGGAGCAAAACAGCGCAGGCAGAGUGCAGAGGAGAUCUGCAAAGGUGGCAAUCUACUAUCUUCAUGAGCUGGCAGGAGAGGAGCUGGCCAAAGAGUGGCCCAAAAGAAAAGUUCUGCAGGACUUGAUUCCUGAUGACCGGAAGCUGAAAUACACUCGUCCUGGACUGCCCACAUUUAGUCAAGAUGUGCUGUGCAAAUGGAAAACGGAGAUUAAGAUGUACCGAAGAGUUCACUGCCCAAAUCAGGGCUGUGAAUCUGUGUAUGGCAGUGUCUCAGGACUCAAGUCUCACCUUGGCACAUGUACCUUGGGAGACUUUGUGGCUGGUAAAUACAAGUGUCUCCUGUGUGAGAAGGAGUUCACUUCAGAGAGUGGGGUCAAAUAUCACAUCAACUCUGUGCACGCUGAGGACUGGUUUGAUGUGAAUACAACGACUACCAAAAGCUUUCAGAAGCUAAUCAAAAUUCGCCAAAGGGAAGAGCAGAAGAAGCAGCGGAAGAAACGUCCUUUGAGCAGGGGCAGAAAGAAGAGAGCCGGCAGCCUGGCUGCCAAGAAGCUCCCUGCUGUUGGAGCUGAUAAAACGAGGAGGAGUAAGAGAGGUCGCCCACCACGAGCACACAACGAGAGCACGGGCAGUGAGGAAGGGGCACCCCAAGUUGCACAGAAAGCUGAAGUUCCAAAAACCAGCCGCAAGCGAGGCCGAAGUAAAUCCCUAGAAGAUGAAAAGGAGUAAUUCUAAAGCUUUUCAGCUACAAGCCCCACUUCUGUCAGGCUCAUAACCCACAGCACUAAUAUAAGCAGCUGAAUGUCUUUGGGACUGUGACUCAGUUCUGCAGGGGACUUUGAUACUGAAACAUCUGGUCAGUUGUGAGGAGUUCAAGCCAAAGCUGUGGUGCAGAGGCUGCUUCUGCCAGUGGAGUUCCUUUGGACAGUGGCACUCACAGUGUGAUUCCUGCUCUGGUUGCAGCCUCAGUUUGGUCAUACUAGUUGCUUGUAUAGUGGUUUCCAGUACAGCAAGUGUCUGUUUUGUCAUCUUCCUCUGAUGUGUGAGAUCAGGGUUCUUUUUUACAGUUCUUCUCAAAAGGGACUGACUAGCACAAUGUUUGGGUCUCUUCAGCGGGGAAAUCCUUUCUUGCACAGAAUGCACCCACACUGAACAUGAGAACAGUGCUGUGCAGAAUGCAAAGACUGCCUUGCCCUGUCACUCUCCUGUCUGUUGU